UGUUCUCCUUGCGGCGCUGUGCGUGAACAGCGCGGCGAACCAUCUUGCGCCGAGCGACGGCGGUGCGAGGGCGUAUGCGGCUAUCGUGCUGCUGCUGACCGCUGUGCUGCUUGCGGUCACUGUGUACAGCGUCGUUGUGCGGUACGCGGAGGACCACCACUGGCAGGAGCUGCGCGAGCCGCGUCGUGGUGGGCUGGAGGCGCUGCUGCGCGAUGACGAGGAGAGCGACGAGGAGACGCAGAAGCUCCACGAAAUGACGUCAUUGUCGUACGCCUCAGGCACCACCGUUGCGUCGUCGUACCGACCACCCGCACAGCAGGAACUCAUGGCCGGUGACACCCGCUCAGACGCACAGAGCGUGCUCGACCGUGCAUCCAGUGCGAGCCGUAUGAUCGAUUACGCCGCCAUGUGA